AUGUCACUGCUUUGCCCUGCUCAGCAUGCGGUUGACCCGUUUACCAUCCCUACUCCGUACUGCGUCCCCGACUCUGUGCUGAGUAUCGACGCAAUGGCCAACGGCCCAUGCUUCGGCAUCCUCGUCCCCCGGUUGAUGUCAUUUCCUGCAACCAACCUCCUGGAUCCCGCCCGAUAUCAGUCCCAGAAGCGAAAAGAGGCGACAUCACCAAGCGAGGCGGCGAUAGACAAGGCCAGGACGCCAAACCCCAGCACCAUCCCCAACCUCAGCCGGCAUACGGAGUACUGGGGUUCAACCACCCAUCACUGA